UCAUUUCCACCUCUUUUGGCUGCUGUGCCCCUCUCUGCAAAAUGUACAUGUGGUUCACAGUUUUAGCCGGACUGGCUGUCCUGCUGUUUUCUUAUAUCAGGACUUUUCAUCCUUACUUCAGCGAGGACUGCGCGUACAUUCUGAGGAGCCUCAAACUCGGCUUCAGGCUCAUCAAGUACAAGACAACCAAACCAUUUUACAGCAUCUUGGACUGCUUCUUGGAUGCGGUGAACAGACACCCCGAUAAGAUCUUCGUGCACUUUGAAGGUCGCGCGUAUUCUUAUGGCGAAGUGGAUAAACGGAGCAACAAGGUGGCCAGAGCUCUGCAGGCUGAAGCCCGGCUGAAAGAGGGGGACACAGUCGCCCUGUUUCUUUCCAACGAGCCCAGUUUCAUGUGGACAUGGCUGGGUUUGGCCAAGCUGGGUUGCCCGGCGGCCCUGCUUAACUUUAACAUUAGAUCUAAAUCUCUGCUGCAUUGUUUCUCCUGCUGCGGGGCCAAAGUGAUCAUCGCGUCUCCAGAGCUGCAGGAGGCCGUGGAAGAGGUUCUACCAACGCUGAGGGAGCAGGGUAUCCGUGUGUACCUCCUGUCAGACAGCUGUAGCGCAGAAGGUAUCACCGCUUUUUCUGAUAAGAUCUCUCAGGCCUCAGAUGAGCCGGUGUCCCGGGAGCUUCGGGCCAACAUCCACAUCAGGAGCACUGCUCUCUACAUCUACACAUCUGGCACCACAGGUUUGCCUAAAGCAGCUGUUGUGACCCAUGAGAGGGUGUGGGCCGCCUCCUUCGUCCAGGCAGCAUGUGGAGUCACAGCAGAGGAUAUUUUCUACAUCAAUCUGCCGCUCUAUCACAGCGCAGGCUUCCUGGUUGGGAUGGUCGGAGCCAUCGAGAGAGGUAUGACUGUAGUUUUGAGGAGAAAGUUUUCUGCCUCUCAGUUUUGGGAAGACUGCAGGAAGUAUGAUGUGACGGUGAUGCAGUACAUUGGUGAAACACUGCGCUAUCUCUGCAACACACCCAAGAAAGAAAAUGAGAAGAAUCACAAAGUGAGAAUCGCCAUCGGCAAUGGAGUCCGAACUGACAUUUGGUCCGACUUUCUGAAUCGCUUCGGGAACAUUAAAGUCAGAGAGCUGUAUGCUGCCACUGAAGGAAACAUUGGCUUUAUUAAUUAUACAUCCAAGAUCGGUGCAGUGGGAAGAGUCAACUGUGUACACAGGUUUUUCUUCCCCUACACAUUGAUUAAGUUUGACAUUGAGAAGGAAGAACCUGUCAGAAACUCUGAGGGUCUGUGCAUCGAAGCAUCCAUCGGUGAGACGGGGCUCUUGGUUGGAAAAAUAACUCACAGGUCUCCCUUUGUUGGGUACGCUGGUAACAAGCAACAGACUGAGAAGAAAAGGCUUCGUAAUGUUUUUAAAAAAGGCGACCUGUACUUCAACACCGGUGAUCUGCUUCGGUUUGACCACGAAAAGUUUGUGUACUUUCAGGAUCGAGUCGGUGACACAUUCAGAUGGAAAGGCGAGAAUGUCGCCACGUCGGAGGUCGCAGACAUUCUCACGAUGGCUCAUUGUAUCUUAGAAGCAAAUGUUUAUGGUGUUAAAGUUGAAGGUCACGAGGGGCGGAUCGGCAUGGCGGCCGUCACUUUGAGGGAUGGGGAAGACUUUGACUGUUUAGACACCUACAAGCAGGUCGUCAGCUACCUACCGACUUACGCAAGACCCAGAUUCGUCCGAGUUCAGCCCUGUCUGGAGAUGACGGGAACCUUUAAAAUGAAGAAAGUGAAACUGGUGGAGGAGGGAUUCAACCCUGCUCUCAUCAAAGAUCCACUGUACUUCCUGGAUCUUGAGAAAAAGACUUAUAUACCAAUGACGGAGGAGAUCUACAGAGCAAUUGCUUCAAGGGAAACCAAACUCUAACACAGAAACUAAAGUUGUGAGGGUGAUACUAGUUUUUCUUUUAUUUCUUCUAACGAAGAUUUAACAGCUCUUACUUGGACGUCAUCAGUCAACUAAUCACAUUUUGGCACAUUACGUCUCGUUUGAAGGGACUUUUUUUUAAACAGCUAUUGUGUGCACCUGCAGUUUUUGUAAAUGUCAUAAAUCUGACAGUCUUGCUUCACUUACUGCUGUAUUUUAGUUACCAACUUCCUCUGGCUCAUGUUGGUCAGAUGUUACACAGAUGUGCAUUAACUAGAUACUGACUUAUGUACCUUAAUGAAUAAUCUGUGGUGGAUUUAACUGGACAUACAGCCAGUCAAUGCUAUGUCAAGCUGUUUUUUUUAAAUGGUACCCUGAACAGCAACUUCCAGUCUUAAUUGAAAGGACCUGCCAGACUUCUGUUGACGAGUCGCUGCUUUUUAAAUACCAAAAGAUUUUUUUUAUUUUAAAUGUCAGAAAACAAAUGUAACUUUGUCUUAAUCCCAUGAAAAUGAGCAGCACACAAACCGCUUUUAGUAAGAACCAAGUUUUUUGGUUGCUUACCUUAAAUCUUAGUUUAAUCAUGAGUGCAGCUGAUUUUGGAAAGCCAGAUGCUCCUGUUUGACUGAGGCGGUAUUGCAGUGAAGGAUUAACUUUGUUCAGUGGCUAUAUAUUUGUAUUUUUUUUAUAAAAAAAUUGAAGUUUAAUUACUUGCAUUUUAUUGAUUUGCAUAUUCUAACAAAACUCAGGAACAAAGGAGCAUCAUAGCUUAACGCAGCUCAAAGUACAAUUAUUUACAACCUUACAUAUUUUGUGAAGGGUUUUACAAACUGACUCAUUUUGCAAUCUCUCAUUAAACAGUGAUUGUUAAAUUUU